UCCGCCCGGCUCUGACGUCACGACCACCCCGCGCGCGGCAAUGGCUGCAACUCGGGCCCGGCUGAAGCAAGCAAGAGAGGGAAAGGAGCGAGCCUCUCCGCAGCCAAGGGAUUGCAGCCAUAUAACAGACCCUUGAAGGGAACCAAUGUUCCACUCCCUCCCAUGCCUUUGAUAUCACCUCAAUGACUGGCCGUGAAGGACUGCCAGUUUUCCUCUCUGCUUUACCUGCUCUGCAGGCUUCAAGAAUGACCAGAUGCAAAAGAUGACUGCUCUCCUGCAUUGCAAAGAAGAGGGAAUUUUAGUUCCGAAAACGAAUUGCCUCAGAAUCAGGAGGGAAGUGCCCUAGAUGCCAUGGAGCCCAAGGGUUCAGGAAUGGCCAAACGCCUGGCCACGUUUAUCUCAGGUCUGCUGGAGUGCAUGUGCUUUGCCGGUGUCAUCUUUGGAUGGGCAUCGUUGGUCUUUGUCCUCAAGGACUUGCACUACUUUGAGGAUCUGUGUAUGUCUGCUGCCAAUCAAACAACCAAUCAAACAGACUGCAGUGCCCAGGAUGAACAGCUCUCCCUCAUCUUCACCAUUGGCUCCUUCAUGAACAAUUUUAUGACCUUCCCCACAGGCUACAUCUUUGACCGCUUUGGCACCACUGUCGCUCGCUUGCUUGCCAUAUCUGCCUACACCUCUGGCACCCUUCUCAUUGCAUUUUCUACAGCAGCCACUGCAGUGAUGCUAUUUCCAGCACUAUCCUUUCUGUCUGUGGGUGGUAUCCUGCUUAUUCUCACCAACAUGCAGGUUGGGAACCUAUUUGGAAAAAAUCGUUCUACUGUCAUUACCCUCUACAAUGGGGCUUUUGACUCUUCAUCUGCUGUAUUUCUUGUCAUUAAGUUGCUGUACGAACAGGGCCUUGCGCUGAGAACCAUGUUCCUCUUCAUCUCAGCCUGCAGUGCCUGGCACUUGGUUCGGACAUUCUUCCUGAUGCCCCGUCGCCAUAUUCCUUACCCACUGCCCCCAGGAUAUACAUAUGGGAUGAGCUGUCGGAGGAGAUCUCAAUCAUAUCGUACCUAUGAAGAAAAACGUGGCCCCGGUAGCCUGGAUGAGGGUCAGGACUCAGGGAAUUUGCAUCUUGACUCAGCACUCAAUGAAGAAAAUGCCACUACUAAAGGUCAUACUGAAACAACACUGAACACCAAGGAGCCAGCUGUUGUUUCCUUCUGGAGCUGUGUCUUCUCCCAAUUGUUUUUCUGGCAUCUGAUGUGGCUGUCAGUGAUGCAGUUGCGCCACUAUCUCUUCAUUGGAACCCUCAACCCGAUGCUGAUACAGCUGUCUGAUAAAGAUGCAACUCUUGUGAGCCACUACACCAAUGCUUUUGCCUUCACUCAGUUAUGUGGAGUCCUCUGUGCCCCCUGGAAUGGGCUUAUUCUUGAUCGUCACAAACGUGGACAGAAAAAGCAGGGAAGUUCCCAGGGUGUACCAGAUUCACUUGCGGACUUGCGUUCCUGUGUGCUGUCGUUGCUCAUCACAGUGUUGCAGUGCAUUGCAUUCUCAAUCUGUGCCUCCAUUCCAGUGCUGUCCGUACAAUAUGCCACCUUCAUCUUGCAGGUUCUGAGCCGUUCUUUCCUCUAUGGAGGCAAUGCUGCUUUCUUGGCUAUUGCCUUUCCUCUGGAACACUUCGGGAAGCUAUAUGGUCUUAUAAUGGGACUCUCGGCUGUGGUUUCUCUCCUACAGUAUCCCUUUUUCUCGCUCAUCAAGGGCCCACUCAAAGAGGAUCCCUUUUAUGUGAAUAUUGGCCUCAUAAUCUUAAUGCUAUUGGCUUUGGUUAACCCUUUCAUAGUGUGGCGGGAGUGCAGGCGGCGACAGAAGGAACAUGAUGAAAUGCAUAGUUCAACUAUCCCUGUCUUGAAACCUGGCCUUGAGUCUUCCAUUUGAGCCUUUCCCUGCAUUGACUUUGGAAACCUCUAAAACAUAACAAAAAGGGAACUUUAAGAAGAAAAGGAAGACCUGUAAAGGGAAUCAAAGAGCAUACUGUGAGGAUAAGCCUUGUCUCCUUGUGAGCCCUUCUGCCAGGAAAAUGUGUCAUAAUCCAACACUAUCAGCCACACUUAAGCGCCUUGAAACAAGUGACUAAAACAUAUAACUUUGGGUUGGAUUUCCACAUCUGUGUUUCAAAAGCCAGAUUGUUCAUAGCUCUUUCUUUAUAAGGCAUUAUUUUUCUAGACUUUAAAUUUACAUUUUAUGUUCCUAAAACGGGAGGAUUAAGAUGUAUUUUUAGGUAUUUUUAUUUUGAUAUUUUAUAGAACUAUAUUUUUGUGGGUCAUGUACAAAUGCCAGUACUAUCACUAGUUUAACAUUUUCCAGUCAGAGUGUUUAACAUGUCUGAAAAGUAUUGUUUUUAAGAAGUGGAGUUUUUCCCAUUUUUUCUAUCAUGGUCUGGAAGUAAUUUAAAAACCAUAUGCUCUCAUGGUUUUGGAUUUUUAAAGAUAUUUUUAAGGAACCAAGGUCCAUACUCAGUUCCAAAAAAGGAAAAAGUUAAGCCAUUAAAGCACUUGAAUAACAUUUUUGUUUUUAUUAUAAGAAAAACAAGGGAGGAAACCAAUUACCAGUCUACACAUGGCAAGAAGAAGGCCCCCUGGAAUUACUGUUAAGGAAUUGGUGGUGGGGACCCAACAAGGCUCAAUGCUGAAUUAAAAAUGUAUCAUAAAGGACCUAAAUGUAUGAAAACA